AUGGCUUCCGCCGAGGUUGACCUCCCCCGUCGCAACCGCGACCGCAGCGACAAGCCCGAUGGCGACUCUUAUCGCCCUGGGAGGUCCCAGCGAUCGCCUUCUCCUCGUCAAAAACGAGAUGUCGCACCUGUUAGAACGGAGGAGGAGAAGCAGGCUGCCGCAAAGGCCGAGUAUGAGAAGCUUCUAACGAUGAGAUCCGGCGGAACGUACAUCCCACCCGCGAGACUGCGCGCGCUCCAGGCACAGAUCACAGACAAGACGAGCAAGGAGUACCAGCGCAUGGCAUGGGAAGCGCUCAAAAAGAGUAUCAACGGUCUUAUCAACAAGGUCAACACAGCGAACAUCAAGUUCAUCGUUCCCGAGCUGUUUGGAGAGAACUUGGUUCGUGGCCGGGGUCUGUUUUGUCGAUCGAUCAUGAAGGCCCAGGCUGCCAGUUUGCCUUUCACGCCCAUCUAUGCCGCCAUGGCCGCGAUUGUCAACACUAAGCUACCUCAGGUUGGAGAACUUCUAAUACGCCGUUUGGUCCUCCAAUUCAGGAAAGGCUUCAAACGAAACGACAAGGCCGUUUGCCUUUCCUCUACCACCUUCCUCGCGCAUCUUAUCAACCAGCAGGUUCAGCACGAAAUGCUUGCUGGUCAAAUCUUGCUCCUCCUGCUCCACAAGCCUACCGACGACAGUGUUGAGAUAGCGGUCGGUUUCUGCCGCGAGGUCGGACAAUACCUAGAGGAGAUGCAAAGCUCGAUUGCGAACGUAAUCUUUGAUCAAUUCCGAAACAUUCUGCACGAAGCCGAUAUCGAUAAGCGAACGCAGUACAUGAUCGAGGUCUUAUUUCAGGUGCGAAAGGACAAGUUCAAGGACAACCCGGCUGUCAAGGAAGAGUUGGAUUUGGUUGAAGAGGAGGACCAGAUUACACACCAAGUCGACCUGGAAAGCGAGAUUGAAGCGCAGGAUGGGCUCAACAUUUUCAAGUUCGAUUCAGAGUGGGAAGAGCACGAAGAGGCAUACAAGAAGCUCAGGGCUGAGAUUCUGGGCGAGGGCAGCGACGAUGAAGAUGAUGACGAGGACGAAUACGAGAGUUCAUCCGAAGACGAGGAGGAUGAGAAGACAAAGGCCAUGGAGAUCAAGGAUCAGUCCAAUGCUGACCUUGUCAACCUGCGCAGGACCAUUUACCUCACUAUCAUGUCCAGCGCCGACCCUGAGGAAGCUGUCCACAAGCUUAUGAAGAUCAACCUUCCUGCAGGGCAGGAGCCUGAACUCCCCUCCAUGAUUGUGGAGUGUUGCUCGCAAGAAAAGACAUACACCAAAUUCUUUGGCAUGAUUGGCGAGCGCUUCGCUAAAAUUAAUCGAUUGUGGUGCGACCUCUUUGAGCAGGCUUUCGCCAAGUACUACGAAACCAUCCAUCGAUACGAAAACAACAAGCUGCGCAAUAUAGCAAUGCUAUUCGGCCACAUGUUCGCUUCAGACGCUCUGGGAUGGCACUGUCUCUCUGUCAUUCACUUGAACGAGGACGAGACCACAUCCAGUAGCCGUAUCUUUAUCAAGAUUCUAUUCCAGUUUAUUGCAGAGGAGACCGGCAUGCCCAAGUUGAGGGCACGUCUGACAGAUGAGACACUUCGACCUAAUCUGGAAGGUCUCUUCCCCAGAGACAACCCCCGCAACAUCAGAUUCUCCAUCAAUUACUUUACAAGUAUCGGUAUGGGCGCUCUUACAGAAGAGAUGCGAACACACCUUCAGAACAUGCCCAAGCCCGCUUUACCUGCUCCUGCUGCCGCAGCGAAUUCAGACUCGGAUUCCGUCUCCAGCUACUCGUCCUACACAGGCUCUUCUUACUCGCGAUCUCGAUCUCGCUCUCGAACACCACGCAAGGUUGCUGACCGAGGUCGGUCACUUUCUCGAUCCCCUGGUCGAAAGAGCAGGGGACGUUCAUACAGCUCGUCGAGGUCAAGGUCAUACUCACGAUCCGUUUCUGCACGAGGAAGAGGCCGCAGUCAGUCUGGUUCCGCCAGCCCUCCCCGACGAGGUCAUCGUUACACCAGCGAGAGCCGCUCGCGAUCUCCAGCCCCUCGUAAUGGCAAGGGCCGAGCUCGUAGUGCCUCUUACUCGUCUCGAAGCCGAUCUCGCUCGCCGCCACGACAAGCACGUGGAGCACCACCUCCAGCUAAAGAUGGGCGAAGCCACUCAUAUGAUUCUCAGAGUCGAUCCCCCUCUCCUGUGAGAAAGCGGGAGAGAUCAUACUCUGGUAGCCCAGCGCCUCGAGGCCGACCGCGCGGAAAUGUCGGGCCUGGUACUCAAAGGCGCAAUAGCUCAUCUGUCAGUGACGGGCCACGAGAUAAGGCUAAGCAGUACAGCCGUUCGCCUUCAUACGACUCACGAUCCCCACCACCAAGGAGGGCUAAUCCUCAGAGCGUGUCGCCUCCACCUGCGCGUAACGGACGUCAGCCUUCAUACACACCGUCGCCGAGCCCGCCACGUCGUGGAGGAAACAAGUCGUUGAGUCCUGUGCCGCCAAAGAGAAGACGUUACAGCGACAGUGUCUCCAGGUCACCGCCACCAAUGAAGCGAGGACGACGGGGCAGUUGA